AUGACCACCAGAGCCAGCCAGAAGGACAGCAAUGAUGAUUUUAAGACUGUUGGAAAGACUAGCGCUAGGUUGGGCAAAGCUAGUUUCGAAGAAAAUCUGCAAGAGCGAAGGGCCAUUAUUCACAGAUCUCGAAUGUUCAAAGCACUAUCCGAAGAGCUGGAUCCAUUUCUGAAAGAUAUUACUAAGAUAAGAUGUCUCGCGAUUGGAAGUUUUCAUGAGGAGUUUGCAGCUUUAUAUCAGUUGGCGUUGCUUUUGGAACUGCUUGAUCUCAUCAAUCCUGGAGGGGCUAGCUUUAAAGUAUCUAUAUAUGACCCAGUUUUCACCGAUGCCGAUAGGAAAUUCAUCGGCAAUAUGGGGAGUGAUUGGACAAUCGACGAAAAAUGUCCGUGGGAUCCCGAGAAUAGCUCCAACGUUUUAUUCUUUCUGCCGCAUGCCCCACUGGACCUUACACAGAACAUCUUAAUUUCGGAAAAGCCAAAGUUCUUCUUGGCAAAUCAUAUUGCUAAGCAUGUCGACAGAUAUACCCGCGCUCAACUUGCUCUAAAAUACCCGGUCUUGGCUAAACUAAACCAUGUACUAGCCUCCUCCGAUCCCCACCCUGACUCGGGUUUCAAGCCUUUUGUAUCCAGAAAGGCUCGCCGCAAGCAAAAGCAUCAACCACAGGAAAGCGAAAUUGAUUACGAUAAGAUAGAGACAUAUUUUCAAGAAGUGCAGGUAAUCACCGACUUUUCUGGCGGCAGAUCUUUAAUGGACCAGCCAUGGAUAAAUUCUUUCUCAGACCUAGCACUCCAGCUGAUAGUCUAA